AUGGUUGCCGAUGCACUGAGUAGGAAGACUACUGCAAACUUAGCUCACAUCAGGACGGCCUAUCUUCCGUUGUUAGUGGAACUACGGAAGGAUGGAGUAGAAAUGGAGAUGACUCAACAGGGUGGAAUCCUUGCAAGCUUGCAUGUGAGACCCAUUAUGGUGGAGCGAGUAAUUGCAGGCCAGUUGGGAGAUCCUACACUCUGUAGGAUAAGGGGAGAAGUAGAAAAUGGAACACGGAAGUAUUAUGCCAAAAGGGGAGACGGAGCCUUGGUAAAAGGAGCUCGUCUAUGUGUACCUAGUAAGAAUGCUGAAUUGAAAAGAGAAAUCAUGGAGGAAGCUCACUGUUCCACUUACACUAUGCAUCCGGGUAGCACGAAGAUGUAUCGGACGCUACGGGCGUAUUACUCAUGGCCGCAUAUGAAGGGGGACAUUUCUAAGUAUGUGAGUAGAUGCUUGAUUUGUCAACAAGUGAAGGCAGAGCGACAUAAGCCAUCGGGACUCAUGCAACCACUUCCGAUUCCUGAAUGGAAGUGGGAGCGUAUUGCCAUGGAUUUUGUUUUCAAGCUUCCACGUACUUCAAAGGGUCAUGAUGAAAUUUGGGUGAUAGUGGAUAGACUCACCAAGUCUACCCAUUUUCUACCCAUUAAGGAGACCUAUCCUUUGACAAAGUUGGCAAAACUUUUUGUGGAUGAGAUUGUGAGAUUGCAUGGAGCACCUGUGUCCAUUGUAUCGGACAGGGAUCCUAGGUUCACUUCUCAAUUCUGGAAGUGUUUACGAGAAGCUAUGGGUAUUAGAUUGCAGUUCAGUACCGCUUUUCACCCACAAACCGAUGGACAAUCGGAAAGGACUAUCCAGACUCUAGAGGACAUGUUGAGGUCCUGUGUGUUACAGUUUAAGGAUGCAUGGGAUGUUCACCUUGCCUUGGUGGAGUUUGCUAUAAUAACAGUUAUCAUUCAAGUAUUGGGAUGGCUCCUUAUGAGGCGUUGUAUGGGAGGCAGUGCAGGACUCCUAUUUGUUGGAAUGAAUUGGGUGACAAGAAACUGGAAAAAGUGGAUAGUAUCCGAGCAACAAAUGAGAAGGUGA